CUACUGAAAAUUCACCCUUUUUAUUUUUUCGUCCCACCAUAAACAAAUUUAUUGAUCAAUUGAGCAGUUGGCUCAUUUCUUUUCUCCAAUUCAAAUUCACAACAAUCCAAUCAAUGCAUUUUUGCAAAUUUCCAUUUCUAAUACCUCUGCGAAACUCUGCUAGAGCAUUCACUUCAUCUCUUUCCCUCUUCUCUGCCUUUGAGUUCCAUUUAACCAAUCAACAAAGCUUUGAAGUACAAGAAUUUGACAGAGCUUACUGGACCAGACGAAUUCAUAAGCUUUGUGCUAUUGAUGGAGAUGUCGACGAAGCUCUUCGACUUCUCGAUGAGCUUCGACUUCAGGGUUAUCAUCCUGACUCUCUCAAUCUCAGCAGCAUUGUUCACGCUCUCUGUGAUUCUAAACGAUUUUCCGAAGCCCACCGGCGAUUCCUUCUCGCUGUUUCUUUCCAGUCAACUGUCCCUGAUGAGCGAACCUGUAAUGUUCUCAUUGCUCGCUUGCUUUACGCAGCUAAUCCGCAAGAAACUGUGCGUGUUAUUUCCGCUUUGUUCCACCAGAAGCCCCAGUUUGUACCUUCGUUAAUGAAUUACAACCGUCUAAUCCAUCAGCUUUGUACUUUAGAAAGAAAUAGAGAUGCCCAUCAGCUGUUUGUUGAUAUGAGAAAGAGAGGGCAUUCUCCUAAUGCUGUUUCGUAUACUACUUUGAUCGAUGGGUAUUGUGGGGCUGGGGAGGUUCGGGAAGCUGAGAAGCUGUUUGAUGAAAUGUCUGAGUGCGGAGUGAUACCUAAUGCACUUACUUAUAGCGCUUUGAUUCGGGGGAUUCUUCGAAAGCGGGACAUUGACCAUGGAAAACAACUGAUUGGGAAGCUUUGGGACGUGAUGCUCACUGAAGACGACAUGCAUGUAAACAAUGCAGCAUUCUGCAACGUGAUCAAUUGCUUGUGUAAGGAAGGGUUCUUCCAUGAAGUGUUUAAUAUUGCUGAAGAUAUGCCUCAGGGUAAAAGUGUGGUUCAGGAUUUUGUAUAUGCGCAAAUGAUAGAUUCUCUUUGUAGAUUCGGGAGGUAUAAUGGGGCUGCUAGGAUAGUUUAUAUGAUGAGAAAACGAGGAUUCGAUCCAAGCUUAGUUUCAUAUAAUACAAUUGUUCAUGGUCUCGUCAAGGAAGGCGAUUGUUUCAGGGCAUAUCAGUUGUUGGAGGAAGGAAUUCAAUUUGGCUACUUGCCGUCAGAAUUCACUUACAAAUUAUUGGUAGAAGGUUUGUGUUAUGUAAAUGAUCUUAUUAAGGCCAAGGAAGUCGUCAAUAUGAUGUUAAAUAAGAAAGACAAUGACAAAACAAGGAUUUAUAAUAUAUAUCUUAGAGCUCUUUGUGUUGUUGACAACCCAACUGAGCUUUUAAAUGUCCUUGUCACCAUGCUUCAAACUCAAUGUCAACCAGAUGUAAUCACCCUGAAUACUGUUAUUAAUGGCUUUUGCAAAAUGGGAAGAAUUGAAGAGGCUCAAAAGGUUUUCAAAGAUAUGAUGAUGGGGAAGUUUUGUGCCCCUGAUGGUGUGACGUUCACAACUGUUAUUAGCGGGUUUUUAAAACUCGGGAGGGUUGAAGAAGCUCUUGAGUUAUUGCAUAGAGUUAUGCCUGAAAAAGGUUUAAAGCCCAAUGUUGUAACAUAUAAUGCAGUUAUCCAGGGGUUAUUUAAGUUACAUCGGAUAGAUGAAGCUAUGGAAGUCUUCCAUAGCAUGGUAAGUGGUGGCAUUGUUGCUGAUUGCACGACUUAUACUGUUAUUAUUGAUGGGUUGUUUGAAUCCAACAAAGUUGAUGAAGCCAAAAGAUUCUGGAACGAUGUUGUUUGGCCUUCAAAAGUUCAUGACAGUUACAUAUAUGCAGCCAUUCUCAAGGGGCUUUGUCGCUCUGGUAAACUGCAUGAUGCUUGUGAUUUUUUAUAUGAAUUAGCAGAUUGUGGGGUUACUCUUUGUGUCAUCAAUUACAACAUUGUUAUUAAUGGUGCUUGCACAUUGGGAUGGAAGAGAGAAGCUUAUCAGAUUCUUGGUGAAAUGAGAAAAAAUGGACUAGAACCUGAUGCUGUAACAUGGAGAAUUCUGGAUAAAUUGCAUGGCAAUGUGGAAAAACAGUUCCGCGAGGAUUCGACAUGCAAUUAAGUGGGGGUUUAAGAUAAGCCGGUCGUUGAAAAUUUUUUGGUCUUAAAUAAAGAGUGAAGCAGUUGUCUCAGUUGUUAUAGAAUGAACUGUAUGUAUGUUUUCAUGAUAGUAGGAUGUCUUUGAUGGUUAAAAACAGUACGUGAUAUUGCUUCUGCUAUAUAUCUAACCUUGGAAACACGGAUGGAGGAAGCGUUGGACCCGACCAGUUAUACAAAAUCAUAAUUGGUUUAACAGGAGAUUCAACAUUUAUAUGUAGACAGGUACCAUGACGGAGAUCCUGGAUUUACCUCCUUAAUUUGAGUUUCCUCUUUGACAUCAAGAUAGUUUAUCAUCCUGAGGUCUCCCCUUUUUAAUAUUUUGCAGUAGAGCUUUAUUUUCAGUUCUGCAAGUGAAGGAAUAACCUGCUGGAGAAUUACAAAAGGAGGAGAAAUUAAAUUGCUUCAGCUGCUAUACAAACUUUUCGACUGAAGAAGUCUUGUAAGUAGCUGUAGUCUUCAUUCUUAAUUUGCACCUUAGAGCCUUACUUUCAGAUUCUGUUUUUCAUUUUAUUUCUGUCGAAUGGUUAACUUAUACCUUUACUCAUACAACCUCCAUUAAUGGUAUGUUCUCUGGAAAGAUUUCAUGUAACGUUGCAUACAUAUGUGGUUCAUUGAGCCAUCUUCUGAUCUUCAAGACUUGUACUUUCUGAAUGGAACUUCCCUAGAAAUGCUAUACAGACCAUAAAUUCUCAUUGCUUCACUGUGGCAGUCGCGUGUUUCUAUGCUUCAAUCAAUUUUACAUGGUUGAGAUAAGUGCAUAACGUCUAACAUGAUAACUUAGGAACAUACUAAAAUUUAAUUUGUUACCUAAUAAGACAUUCAGAUCACAAUCAAGGAUGUGGAAUUACUGCAUUAACAGAAUUUAAUUUAUUCUAUGGGAUUUUGCUUUUGCAGCUCUUGUUUUGUGUCAUGGCAGGUCAUAUGAAGCUCAACACUAUUCUACAAGUUGUCAUCUUGUUUUUUUCUUUUUAUGAACACAAACCACUAAUUUCCAACAAUUUACUCUCAACUAAACACAGUUCUACUAUUAAUCUUUAUUUUUGUGAUCUGUUGUUUAGUAGUUUUUCCAUUACAUAGAAUGUUGGGGAAAAUGACAAAAUGGUCCCUUAUUUUUUUAGUAGUAGAUUCAAAGUAGCUUAAGUAUCAAUUGA